AUGAUCGUGACAUGGGUCGCCACCAAGGACCUGGCGGAAAGGGCGAAGUCCGCCGUACGGAAUAAAAUCGGAAAUCGGAAGGAAGAAAGGCCUGAUAGUAGCCAUACCACGCCGACUUUUCCGCUUGCUUCGUUCGCUCCCGGUCCUAUGGAAAAGGUUAUGUUGACGGCGUCUAAAUCAGCAGCAAUUUCAAGUUCUACAAAAUAUCCAAGUUCUAAAAAAUUU